AUGAUAAUAAUAUUUGUUUUAAUGUUGUUUAUCAUCACAUCAUCGACCAAUUUGAAUGUUGAAUGGUGUAAAUAUUUAAACAAACUCGAAUGUGUAUCAUUUGGCGAAGAAUGUGAACAUAAAUAUCAAUGGAGUUUAUCAACAGAAAAAAUCCAGUUGCCUUCGAUUAAAGAUGAUUUUAUGAUUAAAUGUGGAGUAAAUACGCACCUCGAAAUAGUUUUAAAUUUGGAACAUUUUUUUAUUUUACAUUUUAAUUUGACUAAUGAUACAUAUAAAUAUUCGAAAAAGUUUGAUCAAUUCAUAUUAGUACCAAAAUCGCCAAUUUAUAACUUAAUAUAUGUUAAUAAACAAGUUCUCAAAACAACUUGUUUUAAUUGUAAAGAGUGUGUGAAUUAUACUUCUUGUGUAACAUGUAAUGAUGGUUAUUAUGUAUUUAAUAACUUUUGUUAUUCGUGUUACUCGUCAUGUAAAACAUGUUCUAAUAAUACAAAUUAUGGGUGUUUAACUUGUAAAUAUGGAUACUAUUUAACUCAAAAUACAAAGUGUUUCAAGUGUUAUUAUUCUUGCGCUACAUGUUUUGGCGAUACAAUAGACGAAUGUCUAACAUGUCGAUAUGGUUAUUACAUGUCAGGUACAAGCACGUGUUUGAUGUGCCACGAUUGGUGUGAAAGUUGUUAUAAUGGAUCAAAUACAGAAUGUUAUUCUUGUAAAAGUGGGUACUAUUUACAAGGAAAUAACUCCUGUUUGCAAUGUUCGGAGGGGUGUGUCACUUGUUUUGCAUCUUCAACAACGUGUAACUCGUGUCAAUAUUCUUAUUAUCAGUCUAACAACACAUGUAUUAAAUGUGAUUCUUCAUGUAUCUCUUGCAAAGGCCCAGGAGCAAAUAAUUGUUAUUCGUGUGAUUAUCAGUACAGUCUUGUAAAUGGUUUUUGUGUAAAAUGCGAUUCAUCAUGCUACGACUGUAAUGGCACUGCGCCAAACAAUUGUCUUUCUUGUAACUACAUGUAUAGUUAUUUAAAUGGAAAUUGCAUACAAUGUGAUUCGUCUUGUAGAACAUGUAAUGGUACUGGAUCUGAUAAUUGUUUGUCGUGUUAUGAUUCAUAUUAUUUGUCCAGUAACACAUGUCUUAAAUGUCAUUCAUCGUGUGUAACUUGUUAUGGCACAGAGCCAAACAAUUGUCUUUCUUGUAGUUAUUGGGACAGUUUAACAGAUGGAUAUUGUGUACAAUGUGAUUCAUCAUGUAGAACAUGUAAUGGCUCUGGACCCAACAAUUGUUUGUCGUGUUACUCUUGGUAUGGUGUUUCGAAUGGACAAUGUGUACAAUGUGAUUCUUCUUGUUAUACGUGUAAUGGCACCGGACCUGAAAAUUGUCUUUCUUGUUUUAAUAAUUAUUAUUUAAAUUUUACAAGAUGUAUCAAGUGUGACCCAACAUGCAGAGUUUGUAAUGGACCAAAUGCCAACAAUUGUUUGUCAUGUAACACUCAUUAUUAUUUCGAAAAUGGGUAUUGUUUGAAGUGGGAGACGGAUAAUUGGCCUCAGUGA